UCAGGUAAUUUCUUACCGCCGACCGGGAGGGCAACACCUCCAGAGAACACAACCGGCGCUCGGACUGAGUGAUGACAUGUAGCAGGCAUGUGCACGUCCUCCUCACCCUCCCUGCCAGGCCACGCCCCAAUAGGCCACUGAAGCCUUGUCAAUCACCCCUUGGCCACGCCCACAACCUGCCUCCUCCCUCGGCACGUCAGCUGGGUAGGCGUGCUCACCUGCCUGCUUGAGAUCGAUUCAUCCAGUGUGACGGCCACGCUUCAACCAUUUCUACAUUUCACUGGUGACCGGCGAGUGAUAAUCUCUCACCUGGCGAUUCACGAGGAACCAGACUGUAAAAUAUGCAAAUGACAUUCUUAUCUAAAGUCUAGAAUUUUUUGGUUUUUUUCCUGUGAAAUCUGUCGAAGCAUCAUUCACAGUUUCUCGAGUGAAUGUGUUUGUGUGUGUGUACGUGUGUGCGCUCGUCUGUACACAGUGAUUCUCCCCUCGCGCCGCCUCGGUUUCGUUCGCAGGGCACCAUACAUCCUCCCACGCCCCUACCCACCUACCUCACACCCUCCUCCCUCAUGCCACCCCCCUCUCCAGCAGCCCGUGAGGCAGCGGCAAUUUCCCGAGUGUUGGGCGCUGGUAGGGAGCGAUUAAGAUUGGCAGGCUGCUUCUCGGAGAGUGAUGCGCGCUGUCGGCUCGCGACACAAGGGCUGUGAUGACACGGUCAGAUAGCGCGCAGCCAGCGGACCAUCCACACGGUCGUCAAGUCGUCGCUGUCGCUCGCAACACCCACCCUUCUUUCGCUCCACGGCGGCGAGGAGGGGGUGGCUCGGCGAGAACGGCGAGCGAGAUCGGGGUGCGGAGGAACGAACACCAGGGCGGAGGAGCGGGAGGUAAGGUAGCCCUCGCCGUGCCAGACGUGUGAUUGUGACGUGAAAAAUGGAUUCCAACUGCCGCAGAAGGCUGCUGCUGCUGGUGGUGGUGGUGUUCCAGCUGUUGGUGUAGUCUGUGGGACUGUGUGCAGUGUGAAGGAGGGACGGGAGGAGGACCGCGCCUGCUGUAAAAGCGCCGCGCGGCGACUGUCAGAGACGACAUCAACAACAUUGAGCUGUCGCUCGCCGCGGUGGAGUCCUGUGCGUGAAAGAAGAGAGAGGAAAAAAAUAUUCGGGUGACUUAGUAACAAUGCUGCUGCCGCCAUUCGUCCUGCGUACGACGGUCGUGAUGCAUGUGCCAGGCAGCAGUUAGACAUCCGACGAUGAUCGUAGAGCGAUCGGUGAUGGAGCAGAGUGAUGUGGGACAAGAGGGGAGGUGACCUCUCACCCCAGUCACUCCCAUCAUAACGUUUCUCUGUGCUAGAAGUAGGUCAGUUGUGGUUCCCUGCCUGUACCUGGAGAUGGGAGUCCGGGAGGAUGUCCAGCGGGAAAUUUGAAGAUGUUGCCGGACAAAGGUCGUCAGUGGGGAAAAGUCGGGACCUGACGAAUUCAGGAUUGAGUUAAUCCGGGUAGUGGCACGUGUGACCUCAUGAGGAUUAGGGUGUGGGUAUGCGCGGGAGGGAAGUGGCGAUGGCGGCCUGUGUUAUCGCGGGUGCACCUAGCCGGGUGGCUGGUAAUCGCCUGGGUGUUCCUGCUCACCCUCUUCAGCCUCUCCAUGCACGGACAGGUCCCCACCUUACGGCCGGUGGAGGCUCCCAGGCAUCGCCUGGGGUGGGACACAGAACAGCAAAAUGUCAUGGGCAGAGCAGGAGUUCACGGGUGGGCAGGUCGUGUAUUAUCUGUGACAGGCGAGGUCAAACCUCCAGUGGAGGCCGACGAAGACCACGACCAGGGGAGAGCAAGGCUGGAACCCCACAUCACCAUCUCCACGGUGGACAGCCAUCAUGCUGACGCUAGUCGAAGGCGAAUCCACCAGGUCGGAGCUCGACCCAGCGACGUCGGCGACAGCGAUAGUGACCCCAGAGGGCGCUCGAGGUCGCCGAACGAAGAUGAGGAUAACGGCAUUUUUGACGUUCAUGGGGAACAAACCUCCUCCGCACUGAAUAUCUCAGGUCGUCGUGGUGACACCCUCGUGUCGAGGCAUAAAGAUAUUCGUCAACUGUCAUCAGGGUCGCCUGUGGUUCAAAGUGACCCCGGUGACGUAUGGGGUUCGUUGCGCAAGUCUAAGGAAGUGUCAAAGGCAACGGUUGCGCGGAGUGCUACCCGCAACAGUCAAGUGUCGGAUAAUGCUCCUACGACUCCUGCGGCGACCCCGCGCGUGAGGAGCAGGUCACCCGAGCGAGCGGAGGAGACUAUGGAGCGGAGACUGAAGGAAGACGGAUUCUUGCAGCAUGCUUACAAUGUGACAGCCAGCGACCUCCUGCCGCUGGACAGACAGGUGCCGGACACCAGGCCUUCUGGAUGUCCUCGCCAAGUCUCGACGGAUCUCGGCAGCGUGGGUCCAGUGAGCGUAGUCAUCUGCACCCACAACGAGGCUCGCUCUGUCCUGCGGAGGACGGUGAUGAGUGUAUUGACGCGGACACCACCUGACCUUUUGUUGGAGGUCAUUGUGGUUGACGACAAGAGUACUACGGAUGACCCAGCACGUGCUCUGGAAGAAGUCCCGGCUGUAAACAACAGUGGUAAGGUGCGAGUACUGCGGGCAGACCAACGACAAGGGCUUGUGCGCUCACGUCUGCAGGGCGCUCGUGAGGCUCGAGGGCAGAUUUUGGUGUUCCUGGACUCCCACUGUGAGUGCGGUGUCGGGUGGCUCCAACCCUUGCUGCAAGCUCUUCUGCAAGACCGAAAAAAGGUCGUCAGUCCCUACAUCGAUGUCAUCAAGUCCGAGUCCUUCACGUACGUUCAGUCUCCGGACGACCUGCAGGGCGACUUCAACUGGAGGCUGGAGUUCGGGUGGCGAGCCAUUCCCCCGGAUGUCCUGACCACACGAGCCGGCCCUCACCAGCCCAUCAGCACACCUGUAAUCAGCGGUGGACUCUUCGCCGUUGACCGCGAUUUUUUCUACAACAUCGGGUCUUAUGAUGAUCUCAUGGAUAUUUGGGGAGGCGAGAACAUGGAACUGUCUUUCAGGGUGUGGAUGUGUGGCGGCAGUUUGGAGAUCCUCCCUUGCUCGCGCGUGGGUCACGUGUUCCGCAACCUCGUCCCCUACUCCUUCCCCGCUGACCCCCACACCACGGUCCUCACCAACCUGGCGCGCGCCGCCAACGUGUGGAUGGACCAGUACAGCCGCUUCUUCUUCGCCGCCGUGAACAUGUCCUCGUCGGACACCGGUGACGUCACAUCGCGAGUGGCCUUGAGAGAGCAGCUCAGGUGUCGCAGCUUCCAGUGGUACCUGGACAGUGUUGCGACUCACCUGGACAUACCUUCCCCACAUGCCACACACUUCGGGCAGCUAAAAAAUAAAGGCAGCUUACUUUGUCUGACCGCAAAAUUCGGGUCACCCGAUGACCUGCGCCUUGAGGCCUGUCAAGGGGGCAAAAAUCAGACCAUACAGCUCUUCCUAUCCGGGGUAUUGGAGGCGGGUGGUGGGUGCGUGGUACCUGGACCAAAUAAACACUUGACUCUCUAUGGUUGCCAUCUGCCUCAGCCACAGUGGAACCUUGUGGACGGGCAGCUGCGGUUGGACAAGACCGGUCUGUGUGUGACUUCGGUGGAUAAUGAGUUCGUACGACUUGCCCCAUGUGUGAGUGGCUCGUUUUUUCAGUUGUGGGAAGCAUCCUUCACCUUUUCCUGGCUCUCUUCAGCGGCCAUUCCAGAUGGGUAAACAAAGCUGUGUUGACAGGAACUUGCGUGACCAAACCUCUAGCUUUCAGCUGGACUUGUUGAAGAUUCUGGAGAGCUGAAGGACUUUUCUUCGUCUCCGGAAGACAGGCGGUCUUCCGUGCAAGCAUGAACGAGUUGUCUAACUUGCGUAAGGGUUGCUUUAGGCGAGUAACCGGCCUUUGAUUCCAACGUUUGUUGCCGUGCGCAAGAGCAACAGUCGUUACUCAAGACAUUACCAGCAUCAAGAACUCAGACACUGGAACCUCCGUUCAGAACUAACAACAAGCGUCUCAGAUAUUUCCUCUGUUCUGUCAUCACUCGAAGACGACGAAAGGGUCGAUGAAAAUGUUCACUGGACAACAAUGAGAGACGGGUCACUGUGUAAGGACCAUGGGGCCUUCUAGAGUCGAUACAUCAGCAAACGGUCGAGAGAUCAUACCCUAGUCUUUCAAACAUGAGCCUUUGAGGGGACGUGCAAUAAGACAGGCACCGAGAUUCUACAAGAAACGACCAGAACAGCCAAUGGACGGAAACGAGGCGUCUAGCCAUGAAGUAGACAAUCACACGUCACGUGACAUGAGUGACAGACUUUCAGCUGCAUUCAGUCGGACUUGUGACGUUAUUUACUCCGUGGCCUUGACCUGCUCACCUUCUGCUAUUACGUCAUCGUCGGUUAAUGUUUAAGUCUUCCAUGACCAUUGGAACGCAAGGCGACGCGCGAAGCUACUCUGUCCUUACUACACGUGCAGCUGUGGGACUUUCAGGAAGCACCGACCACCUGUAGUCACUGGCGCUCAUCAAUAAAUAUUUUAUUUUUGAAAUCUCAUUUUUUCAGUUGCCAGAGGUGGGACCUAAUCUGCGUCCAAUCUACGAAACGGAUAGAAAACCUGGAAUCCAGAAUACCAUUUUUUUGUAUCAAGUGUUAAUAAGAAAAUCACAGGGUGAAUACUUUUCGAGAGAGAAAAAAUAAACUUCAGACUUUCAAAAAAAGAAACCCCACAAAACACGUAGCAUAGAAAUUACUAGACAAUAGCUAGAGGCAAAGUGAAAGUAGAAAUUAAUAAACAAUAUUUUUUAUGGUUCAUUGACAUAUAUUACUUAGGAUUGGACUAUAACAGUGAUUUUGAGCUAUAACAGAAAUAUAGAUUGCAUAGGAUUGAACUAUAACGCUUUUGACUUAAUUGAAUGAAAAAUCUUUUCUUAAAAACUGAGAGAUCACUGCAGUCUAAUGAGAUUCUGUACAGACUAAAGUGAUUUAAGGGCAACACUCUUGCACAGUAUUUGCUCAGAAUAAACUUUCCUGAGGGGCAGCUUGUAGUUCUCACACACAAUCCGAAUCAUCGUGACAAGUGAUGCACAUCAACCCUCGUUAAAUCCUCGUUCUAGUCUUUUAGUGUUUCGAUCAGGCACCCAUCGUGAACUUGGCGAUAAGAGAUGAAAAUGAUGGUGACUGAGAUAACGAGAAAACAGGUGCCGGUAUUCUCAUACUAUGUAUUUGCAAGUGUGUUCGUAUGUCGAUGAUUUGUGUGCGUGCGUGCGCUGUGAAUACCUACGGUUGCUUUAGUUUCGUUUGUCACCAAGCUGUUAAUGUCAAACAAGAGAUUGGUUUAUUUCAAGCGAAGACAUCACGGUGGAUGGUGAAAUAAAGGGGAACAAAUGAAGAAAUUUCAACAGGGUAGGUAGGAGAUCAAGUUUACAGCUCCCACAAACAUUGUGUCCUGCAGCCACUCGUAUGGGUUGGAUGGACCAUUGUCAACACCUGGCCAACAAAAGCAAUCACGAGGGGGAGUCACUUGGCAAAGUCGAAGCUGCUUCUCUGAAAAUGUAUGGAAAUCUAGAACUGGUUAGUGGAAUGACAUAGUAUGUCUGUGGUGAAAAUGAAGCCCAUCAAACCAUGAGCUUGUCCGCUCCACCUUGCUGCAGUUAUCCCAGAACGAGGGAAAGACACGUGUGAUAUUUAGUCUGAGGAUGAGCUCUUCACUGUCGUGCUGCUCCUUCAGUUUUUCCACUUUCUUUAGUCACCAUACUCAUGAACUAUGUGGUGAAGGUGCCAUAAGAGAAAGAGAGAGAAAGAAAGAGAGAAAGAGGGAGAUAGCGAGAAAGACACAGAGAAAGAAUGAAAGAGAGAAAGGCAGGGAGAUCAAGAGAGAAAGAAAGAGAGAAAGGAAGAGAGAGAGAGUAGUGUCUUUGGGUCAAAUGCAAAGUAUGUUUUCAUGUGAGAAGUAAUUUGGACUAUGCAUCAUUAGUCAGGCACCGUUCCAUUGUUGUCACCAUUCGUCCGUGCGUCUGCGUGCAUUUUCACGCGGAAUUGUUUGGACGGUUCGUGCAUGUUCUGAACUGCUGAUAUUGUUUUUCAACUCUAACAAUAAAUAGUUUGAAGCCAA